CAAGGAGGACGGGCGCGAUUGUACGGCGACCGCGACGAGCAUGGACGAGGAGUUCGACGAAGAGUUUGGCGACGACGUCCUGCCGACUUCGUUGAAUCACCAACCUGGGACGACCGCCAAAAGCGGGGCAUCUGCUCCAGCUCCUGCGGAGGAAGAGGAAGAAGAAGAGGACAAUGUCGUGCUGUACGGUAAUAUGAACGAGGCGACCGUCUCGGCAUCCACUCCACCAGACGACGACGACGAGGAUGAACUCGAAGAAGAGGAAGGCAUCGCGAUAGUCCUGAAAGCUUCGACCGAGUCUCCAUCCAAGCCCCAGCUCCGCUUCACCCGUGGUGACAACAGAUAUGUUCGAGGGGACCAUGUGAGCCCGCAACUACAGCCUGCUGCCCGGCCUGCGCAUGAGCAAUUCGACCCAUCGUUUGAUGAACUUGCGCUUUUGGGAAUCGGUGGCCGCCGCACGGCAUUCGACGUUGACAUUGACGUGCUCGACGACAAGCCGUGGCGGAAGCCAGGAGUCGACAUUUCCGACUACUUUAACUACGGUUUUGACGAGUCCACAUGGAGAGAAUACUGCAUCAAGCAGCAACAGAAUCGCCGCGAGUUGGCGUACAAGAAGGCACAGGAGAAGGAAGCGGAAGAGAAGGAAAAGGCUAAAGCCGCGGCAGAAUUGGCUGCGUACUUGCCACCUCCCCCCAUGGGCAAAGCCCCGCCUCAUCUUCACCACCCACCACCACACAUGUUUCGCGGGCCUCCUGGCGGUGGACGUGGCGGCGGAUGGGGUGGACCGCCGCCACCAUGGGCAAAUGGACCUCCCCCGCAGCAAGUUCCUCCACAUCGACCUCCUAAAGAAAAGGACGUCCCCUCGUCGUCGUCGAGGGGAGCUGGGAAGCCUUCGGAGCACCAUCGUCGAUCGCGGUCUCGCUCCCGAGACAAAGAAUCGGACCGAAAGACUUCGUCGGCGCCAUCGUCACGGUCCGGGCGGGCGUCGAGCCGAUCGCGGUCGCGAGAGCGAAAGACCCCGCGGGAGCGAAGUCGUGAGCGAGGUGGAGAAAGCAGAGGCAGCAGUCGGCGAGGAAGUGAUCGAGACAGAAGCCGCGAACGAGAUCGCGACUCGCGCAGUCGCCGUCGAUAAUCGAAUCGGUGGUAUAUGCUUUCGAUGGACCAACUGUUGGUGUGCCAGUUGGACCUCGUUGAAUACCGACAUGAAGAAAUGCGUGCCCUCCACAGCCAAGUUCACGUUGGACGAGGUGGCUGACCGGGCGUCCCAUGGCUGGACAGUGUGACAAGGCCAGACUAGGCCCCGCAUAAAGGGUCAUGCUCUUCUCCUGUAGUGUAGCCGAGCCCAGCAACGCCCGCUGUGCAGCGCCAAAAAACCCUCACGGUGACCCUGGGAUGCAUGUGCAUGCUCUCUUGUCCACGGCGGCGCGGGCAGCUGCCUCGAGGACGCGGCACUUUUGUGAACGCAAGUAUUUUGUCUGUGUCUGGUCAAAAGUGUAUAUUUCGACUCCA